AUGUCUCUCUAUCUAUCGAUCGAUCUAUCUAUCUACGUAUAUAUGACUGUUAAUGUCUAUCUAUCUAUCUAUCUAUCUAUCUAUCUAUCUAUCGAUCGAUCGAUCGAUCUAUCUAUCUACGUAUAUGUGACUGUUAAUGUCUAUCUAUCUAUCUAUCUAUCUGUUCUAUCUAUCUAUCUAACUGUCUUUUAUACAAAUUUAUUCCUUUUCAUAUCUAUCUAUAUAUCUAUCUAUCUCAGUCUAUUAAUAUUGACCUCAUUUCAUAUCUAUCUAUCUAUCUAUCUAUCUAUCUAUCUAUCUAUCUAUCUAUCUAUCUAUCUCAGUCUAUUAAUAUUGAUAUCAUUUCAUAUCUAUCUAUCUAUCUAUCUAUCUAUCUAUCUAUCUAUCUAUCUAUCUAUCUAUCUAUCUCAGUAUAUUAAUAUUGAUAUCAUUUCAUAUCUAUCUAUCUAUCUAUCUAUCUAUCUAGCUCAGUCUAUUAAUAUUGAUAUCAUUUCAUAUCUAUCUAUCUAUCUAUCUAUCUAUCUAUCUAUCUAUCUCACUCAGACUAUUCAUAUUGAUUGCAUAUCUAUCUAUCUAUCUAUCUAUCUAUCUUUCUCAACUAUUCAUAUUGAUCUCAUUUCAUUUCUAUCUAUCUAUCUAUAUCUAUCUAUCUAUCUAUUCUAUCUAUUAGCUAUCUCAGUCUAUUCAUCUAUCUAUCUAUCUAUCUAUCUAUCUAUCUAUCUAUCUAUCUAUCUAUCUAUCUAUCUAUGUAUAUUAUUUUGCCGAAAGCAACAAAUCGAAAUCAAACGUUGUCUUGAAUUCGGGCGACGCUCGGGAAAUGGCUGGUGUUACCCUACCCGCCCCUUACCCAGCAGCUAA